UUUUUGGAGAGGACGGCGGCGGACACGCAAGCCGCUCUCGAUCUGUUGUCGUUGGCGAAUAGCCGGCCGAACCCACCGCUGUCGCCGCCCCCGCCACCGCCGCCACAGGCACCAGACGCGCCGCAGCCGCCGCCACUGCUCGUGGACACCCCACGAGAAUACCUCCCUGAGCCUUUUGCUCCCGAGCCUUUUGCUCCAGAGCCGUUUGCUUCAGAGCCUUUGAUACAGCAAACCUAUGCUCCGGAUACUUUUAUACCCAAACCGUAUGUUCAAGAGCCUUUUGGCACUGACCAAUUCUCGCAGGAAGCAUUCGCUCCGGAGCAAUACACGCCGCUGCUGCAGCCCGAUCCACCGCUCGUGCCUGUGUACACGUACACGUUGCAGCCAACUAACAUAUUCAUAGUGACCGAUGAGCAUACCGAAGCAGUCUACCCGACGAGGCCGAAUGUAACACCCGUGCCGCAAUAUGAAUAUAUGGUGGACCCACAAGUGUACGUUAUGGAUCCAAAUCUCGUAUACCAACCGGUCGCUUCAGAUGCUCAGAUACAGUUCGUGGAGCCGCUGACGAUUCCCAUCAUCGUGGAAACGGUGCCGAUGCCAGUGCCUCAAGUGGCGCCUGAAACGCCUCCGCCGCCUCCGCCCGCGCCGCAGCCGGUCGAGAUCCCGGUGCCUGCACCUGCGCCAGUGCCGACACCUCAGCCGCCGCCAAUCAUCAACACCAAUACGGCAAUUGAGCCGGGAGAGAUAAGGCAGCCUGCCCCUAAAGAAAAGUCCUCAAAGUAUGACUGCGACGAAUGCGGAAAACGCUACGCGACAUCUUCAAAUCUCUCGCGUCAUAAGCAAACGCAUCGGAGCCUAGAUUCGGGUGCGGCGAAGAAAUGCGAAGAGUGUGGGAAGGCAUACGUGUCGAUGCCGGCGCUGGCGAUGCAUAUUCUGACCCAUAAAAUGGGAUACACGUGCAAAGUGUGCGGCAAAAACUUCUCGCGGCGGUGGCUGCUGCGCGGUCACUCGCGCUCGCACACGGGAGAGCGGCCCUUCGACUGCCCGGUGGCGGGCUGCCGCAAGGCCUUCGGCGACCGCUCCAACCUGCGGGCUCAUCUGCAAACUCACUCGCCCGUCAAAGAGUACGAGUGCUGUCGCUGCGAGAAACAGUUCGCUCUCAAGAGCUAUCUGUUGAAGCAUCAGGAGUCUGCGUGCUACCAGCCCUGCUAGAGGACGCGAAGGUCGACGUAACAAAGCAACGAAACUUCCUCUGUUAACUUCUAUACAUCUAUAAGUAUAUUCAACAAACCAAUUUAAGAAUAAGGCGGUGAUAAACCGGCGGCAAAAAAAUUGAUAAGCAAUAAUAAUGUACCUAAUAUUGAUAUGGCUCUUUCUAUUAACAUAAUUUAUUAAGCAAUAUAUUAAUUGAUAGAAAAUCCAGCUUCGACGGAUUUACUUACAUAUUAUGUCAAUUUUUGACAACAGCCUGCGAUGUUUUAGACGUAACGUAAAAUAAUUUAUACGUAGUAUUUAUAAGUAAUUUUUCGAUAAAGUAACCACGCGCCUGGUUUGUGACGAUUUAGAUAAUAGUUUGGUGAUACAUAGAGACUUAAUGUAACCGUCGAGCUGUGGUACAAAGAGAGCAAUAAAGUAUUGUGAAUAGAAGAAAGUGAUAUGUGCACGAGUAGCGUGCGAUGCGUAGUAUGUAGCGAGUAGUAGGCGGGCGGCGCCGCGCGUCGCGGAUGGACCAAACUGUAGCCGGGCGCGCUCGGACUGCGCUCUCUCGCCUUCACAGCUCACCUCACUCACUCACCUCACUCACCUCACUCGCCUCACUCACUCACCUCACUCACCUCACUCA